AUGUCAACUGUAAGUCAAAUUUCGGCUAAAAAAUAUAUUUUUGAAAGUAAUAAAAAUAUUCCUGUCAAGUAUUUUCUACCGACAGAAGUUGCAGUACAUAAUACAGAGAUUGAUUGUUGGAUCUCAUAUCAUGGUGAAGUAUAUGAUCUAAGUGAUCUUUGUAAAAUUUGGGCUAACAAAAGAGAGAUUAAACCAAUACUGGCUUAUGCUGGUAAGGAUAUAAGUCAUUGGUUUGAUCACGAAAAGAAUGAUAUUAAACAUUAUGUGCAUCCUAUUACUGGAGUAUUGGUACCAUAUUGUCCUCAUGGUCCGAUUCCGGAUGUAAUACCUUCUGUGGUACCUGCUAAUGACUGGCGAGCAUUAGACAAAUGUCCUUGGUGGUUAGACGAAAAAUAUAAAAUAGGAAAAUUAACUAAAAAAGCACGUCCAUGUAGGAUUUUAAACGUUUUAAUCGGCAUACAAGUUGUUAUAAUGGUCUGUGAAGAAGAUUCUAUUAGACGUAUCCAAGAACGUGCUCUUAUUUAUAACUCAAAUUGCAUGUUUUAUACGUGGAAAUUCGAAGGAAAGGAUUUAAAUCUCGAUUUAACUUUGACAGAAAAUGGUAUUCCAGACGAACAAGAUCGUUUUGCCGCUUGCGGUCUUCCCGAUGAUUACUAUGUCCCGUGUCUUAUGUGUUAUUUCAAUGAUAAUUAA